AUAGGUUGAAGUCGGGUCACACUGUUUAUUUCCGUGUGAACCUCCCAACAGUUUAAGGACUAACAGGAUCUAUCACUUAUGCUGGAGCUAGUGAAUAUUACAAGAUUUAGUUUGUUACACUGAAUUGAGAGCUGGAAACUGAUCAAACUUAAUUUUAUUUGUUAAUUUGUAAACGACGCUCCUGUUGACAAAUGGCGGUUUGUUUAUCAUCAAGUCGAUCUAAAUUCAAUUUUGAGCCGUUGCUGGUCAUCGUAAUAUUGCUGUUAGCAGUUUCUGGAAUUAUAACCCAAACUACAGUUGUUGGCAUACCUGGAGAGACAACAACAUUGCAGUGCGCAUAUACAGCAUCAGAAAGACUAGUUGUUGUUGCCUGGUUCAGGGGAACUGAACAAAUACUUCAACAAUUUCCUGAUGGUGAUCAGUUAAGCUCCAGCCCCGAUAAGGACAGACUAUCUGGGACAUUGUCGGAGAGUACCAAAACUGCCACACUUAAUAUCCAGCAGACACAAUGUCCAGGAGAUGAGGGAGAGUAUAGAUGUAGGGUGACUGUGAGAGGAACAGAAGAGAUUAUCUCUGUACAGCUGAUGAUAAAAGUGGAGCCCAGUGAAAACCCUGUCUUGACCACCCAGCAAUUAAAUGACCAGGGGUCAACAAAGUUCAUGUGCUCUGGUCAGCUUGGACGUCCAGCCAAGGGGAUCACAUGGUACCGGACUCUGAACGGUCAGCAACAAAAUAGGACCUCAGAGGCUCAGUCAAGUGACCCUGUCCUGAAUGGUGAUGGUUGCACAUAUAAUGGACAGAGUGAGCUAAGAGUAGAUGUCUCGGCCUCUGAUGAUGGUGCACAGUUUACAUGUAUGAUUGGACAGAAGUCGGCCAGUGUGUCACUGACUGCUGCCAGCAACCCUGAGAUCACCUAUACCACCACAGGUGCCCUCCCCAUCAUAGACUCAGCAAUGGGCAGUGUGGAGUUUGUCAAAGGUUCAGCCAUCACUCUCAUUUGCUCAGCCACUGGUGACCCUCAACCUAACUUCAAGUGGUUUUAUCGGGAAGAGCUAUCCAACACCAGAGAAGCACGAAGCGGAAAUCGUGAUAACUCGUCUGUUCUUAACCUGAAUAACAUUCAGAAACCUGGAUACUAUGAGUGUCAGGCCAGUAACAUUUUGAACCAGUUGAAUGAUCCACCAAGCAAGGUCUUGAGAAUUACACUGUCAUCACCAGCUACUGGGCCCGCAGUGGGGGGUCUAUCUGGAGAGGCCAUAGGGGGGAUAAUAGGGGCCAUCCUGGGGGUUAUUGUGAUUAUUGUCUUGGCUUGUGUCACCUACACUUACUGUGUCAAGAAAAAACACAAAACAAGAGAUGAAGAAAAAGAGACCAGCCGUUCCAAUGUUAGUCCUCACACUGAUAGUGGGCAUACCUACUCCCUUGUACCAGAUGCAGAGGGCGCCCCCAAUGAUGGCUACAGUAGCCCAGAACAUAUGGAUGACAAGAACGGCAACUUUACUAAGGAGGAUGAUCCUUUGAAGAAAAAUGUGGAGGGUAUUGUAUAUGCCGAUCUUCAGAUCCACGGAAAACCUGCAGUACCCAAACGCAAAACACAACUCAAAGUGCCUGAAAACACGGAAUACGCAGAAAUAAAAAGAGUUUGAAACAGAAUAUAUGGUAAUGACUUGUCAAUGGGGAAAAAUGUCAGUUUUACUGAUACCAUAUUUUUAAGUCAUAAUUUCUUAAAAUAAGAGCAUUAAUUCCUAUGGUUAGUACAAAAUUUAAAGGAAGCAGCUGCAGACUACCUUAUAGUUUUAUUUUAUGCAUUAAAAGCACCACAAAUGCUUUUGUAAAGAAUAUACAAUUUUUAUGAUUUUAAAAUGA